GGGUAAGUGCCAUUGCUUAGGGACAAAAGCUGCAGCAUUCCGUGAAUUGUCUAAACAGAGUAAAUGAGCUCAUGCAGACCAAGACACACUGGAGCAUACAGGGACAAAAGCUUGACGCAGGGAGCUGUGCUGCUGGCAGUGCUCAUCAUGUGUGCACUGCAAUCUGCACUGUCUUACUCAAAUGGGGCGCCCCUGACCUCCUGCAAGGAGAUGGUGCCCAGGCACAACAAAGGGCCCACCUUCACGCACCACAACUUUCAGCUGGUGGUGGACACUGGUAUCUUGGAAGGCCGGGUUACAAUUAGACUUCUUACGCUCAAUCAGAGUGUCAAGUUCCGGGGCUUCUUCAUUCGUGCCAUGUCGCUCAAGGGCAACAACUGGGUCUUCUUCCCCGGGAUCUUUGAGAAGGAUGCGAAGUUCCAGGACUCCUUGUACGUCAACUGCGAUGGCCACGAAAAGAGUGCCGUGAGCCAUGGAGACAGCAAAGACAAGGUGGAGGUUGUGGUCCACUGGAGACCGGAACCUAGGCCAAAGGAUCUUGUCCAGGCCAUUUUUAGGGCAACGGUGGUGCAGACUUACGACAUCUUUUUCGUGAAGUUGGAGAGCAGAACCCUCCUGUUUGGCGCUGCCGACCCUGCCAUGUUUAGGCAAACGGCGCUCGUGGAUCUCCACAGCUACUGUAUCACAUCUGCAGCUGUUUGGCUUUUCUAUGCCUGGGCGGUGUGAAAAGCAUCAUGCUCUAAUGACCAGCUAACAGCCAAAGCACACCAUUGAUGACAGCCUUGUCGCAUGGACUUAUAGUUCUGUGCAAAUUAGCAACACUUAUGUGAGCAAUAAUUAAACUUCUUUUACAUUCACACACAACGAUCA